UUUUUUUGUGAGAUGACUAACUAUGCUGAAAUAUUGUACGAAAACAGCACAACCAACAUUCCUGAAUUUGUCCUUCAAGGAUUCACAGGAAUUCCUGCUGAAUAUCAUGGAUUGCUAGGAACAUUUUUUUUAUUAAUUUAUCUAAUGCUGGUAUGUGGGAACAUUUUUAUCCUUGUAUUUGUGGCUUAUGAAAAAAGUCUUCAGAAGCCAACAUACAUCAUCAUCUGUAACCUUGCAAUAUCAGAUCUUGGAUUUGGAACUACAACUCUGCCCAGAAUUAUUGCUAGGUACUGGACGUCAGAGAAGAUCAUAGCAUUCAGUAGUUGUUUCACACAAAUGUUUUUCGUCCAUUUCUUUGGGGCAUGCACCUCAUUUCUUUUGGCAUUGAUGGCCUUUGAUAGAUUUGUUGCUAUAUGUAACCCACUGAGAUACCCAGUUCUGAUAAAGAACUCCAAUAUUGUGAUUCUUUGUUUAGUGCUUUGGGUAGGAAACCUUGUCCGGCUUGGUCUAAUUACGGCAUAUGCCCUUAGUGUGCCUUACUGUGGCCCAAAUAUUAUACAUCACUGCUACUGUGACUAUAUCUCAAUAACUAGUUUAGCGUGUGCAGACAUAACAUCCAUAAGUGCCAUUCUUACUGCCAUAGGUAUGUUAGUAAUGUGGGGUCCUUUGUUGUACAUUAUAUUUUCUUAUGUGGCCAUCAUUAUUUUAGUCAUUAAAAUCUCAAAUAAAGAAGGACGGUAUAAAAUAUUUUUAACAUGUACUCCACAGCUGUUUAUCAUCUGCCUGUACUAUUUCCCAAGAAGUUUUAUGUAUAUUGCAUCUGCUGUUGGAUACAAUUUUGAAACAAACCUACGCAUUGCUGUGAUUAUGAUGUACAGUCUUUUCCCAGCCCUAAUCAAUCCAUUCAUAUACUGCUUUAGGACCAAGGAAAUUAAGGACACAUUAAUGAAGAAAUUUAAGCAAAGACAAGUGAGGGGGAAUAGAAAAAUCAUUUAA